GGAAAUUCGCAUCAAGUAUCGCACAACCCAUAGCCAAAUAAAAAAGCAUUGGAAAGUCGUAGAUAUAAAACAAAAUGUGAAAUUGCUGUUUUGCGCAUUAUUGCAAUCGUCCUAUUCUUCUGGCGAGUAACCAUCACACCCUUGAAUUUCUCUUCAAAUGUAUUCUAUUCUGCCAAUUUGUUAAUCCAAUUACACCUUUUUGACUAAGAGGAUAAUGGACCGUGAACAAUUACUAUAUGAGGAUGGACCAAUUCGGUGCAUUCUGUUGAGUGAAUUUCAUGCCAUUGCCGGGUCAAAGAUAAGCUGUCAGGUGCCUGAAAACUUCGUGUCUAAAGAGAUAUUUGAUUCAAUUCGCACAUUUAUAAUUCCAAAACCCCAGUUACAGCGUUGUAUCAUAACAAUAAAUACUAUGGGUCAUAAAGUUAUUGGAUAUCCGGUGCUCAUAAAUCAUGUUCGUUAUCAACGAAAUGCUUUCUAUUUUAAUUUGUGUUUUGUGUGUCACUCAUGGGCACGGACUGUGCAAUAUGAAGCUGUAGUGAAAAAACUAUCUGAAUAUUUGCUUAUGAUGGAAGAAGAAACAGCGUUUCUAUCCAAUGCUGGUAAAAAUUGCAUCAUUAAUUUAUUUUCAUGCAUUUUAAGUGAUCUAAAUAAUCGCCAAGUAGCAACAAUCAUAGAAGGAGACACAACCAUAUAUCUAAAAAUCGGGCAUCUUAAAAAAGAUCCACCUGUUGUGCAUGAUCAUCAAGUUCCGUUGCUGUGUUAUGGAUUCGAAUCCUCUAAUUUGGAUACUUGGGAUUUAACCACUCAGCAAUUACUUCCUUUCGUAGAUGGUGUUAACCAUGUUGCAAGUAUCUCCGCUAAAGCAGAUGUUGAAAAUCAAUUAGUUAAAUCGUGUAUACAAAACCUAGUAUACUAUGGUGUAAUGCAAUUAUUGCCAUUGCUCAAAUACAGCAAUGUUUAUAUGUGCACUCGUGAAUUACAAAAACUUACAAGGGAGCGUUUUUUGGCGGACGACUGUCGCCGAUAUGUUCAGUUACAGUAUGCAGAAAAGGUAGAUAAGUUACAACUUCCUAGUUUAUUCAACAUCUUACAAUUAUAUUCACAAAUGACUCAUGGUGUUACAUUGCGAUCACUGUGUCAGCGACUUUGUCCUCGGGACAAUAAUAUCGACGAAAGAAAACUUGUUUCCUUUGGUUUGCAACAUAAUUUAAUUAGAUGCAUUAACAAAUAUCCAAUCUUCACUGGAUCUAUUCCGACACCUAAACACAAACUGUACACCGGUGUUCAUAGUUUUGAUGAAAUUUGCUGCAAAACGGGAUUAACUCCAAGCCUUAUAGAACAAGAAAUUGACAUGGAUUCGAAUGUAACUGUUAUUUGGAAAUGAUUAAAUUUAUGCAACAUACUUUCUUAA